ACUGUCUAACACUGAUCUAACUUCCUGUCGGGGUGUGUGUCGUUGCACGUCGUCGGCUGUAGCGGUCAUGCGUCCGGUAACGAGGCGGAAACGUGGAUGAAGAUUACCUGUUGUUCCUGAUCCCUGUCUCAAGAUUUCAAAGUAUGAAGUUAGUUUAUGCAUUCGGUGAACGUGUGUACGUUUUCCAGUCUUUGGUAAUUAUAUCAGAGCAGAAGAGAAUGUGAUGAGUCCAGGCCGUAAAGUCGGAAGUUUGUGUCCUGUAGAAAAGGAUUCACCGUCACCUAAUUUCAAUUCACCGUUACUCGCUUCGGGCGAUCGUCGUCGGAGGACGUCGGCAGAAUCAGGGUCCAGGAGCCGUUGAGCAGAAGAUUGUUUUGGUUGUAAGCCCUAAAGAUGAAGCGCAGAUUUAAGGAAAAGCACAAGAGCACUUCUAGAGAAGAUGAAGGAGGAAACACAGGAGAUGAAGCUGCGAAGGAAGCCUCUGAUUUAACGACACCACAAACCUCAUCCCCAGAAGAACACAGGAGUGACACAGGAGAACACAGGAGUGAGGAGAGAAAAUCUCAAGAGUCACUGGCAGCAACUGGGUCUACAGAGGAUGCAACGGAAACAGUAAAAAAACAACUGCGUGAAUUGAAGUCUUCUUUCAGAGCAAAACGCCCAGCACCUGUAAAAAAAAAAAUGUGCUCACGCAAAAUACAAUUGUACCCCUUCUCCUCAAGCAUUUUUUUGUCUUCAGAGUUUGAGAACCCGGAACCUCUUAACCUUUCAUGUCCUUCCCAUCUAAUUACAAGUUUACCUGAGACCGGGCCAAGUCUCCCUGCCCAAAGUCUAACACCUUGUGCAGAAAACCUUACAGAGACUUUAGCAGCAUCACAGUCUUCAGCAGACAUGGGCUCAAGCAGCAGCUUGGAGCAGUUCACUCCUGACAUCAGGGCUGAUGGAGACGAUGAGACGUUCAGGCUCCAGGUCUCGUGUCCAGGUGUGUACCAGUGCUCUGUGACAGGUCUGGUGUUUGACAUGGAGGCAGGAGGGGACGUGCUUUACAGGACUGUCCCCUGGGACAGGAGCCUCCUGGUGCAGCACCACAAGAAGCCUGCAGGGCCCCUGUUUGACAUCACAUGUCAGCAGCAGUCUGUGCGUCGGCUCCACCUCCCUCACUGUGAGAUCCGCUCCACGGGUGGAUGUGACUUCCUGUCAGUGGCUCAUGUGAGCGACGGCGGAGUCGAGUUUAUCGGGCCUCACAGGAUCACGGAGACUCAUGUUGUGAUAAACGUCUCAGGGUUUUCUGCUUAUGGGAACGUGAAGGAUGAAGACUCGCCUCCUGUCCCGGUCCAAGCUCGGGUUCUGCUGUUCUACAGACCCCCGACUGAUCCACACCCAGAAUCGUUCCUCAGCGUGUUGCUGCUCCCAGCGAAUGUCGUGCUCCGGGAGGUUCAGCGCAGCAGGAGGAGAUCAGUUGGAGCUGAGAUCUACCUUCCAGUGUCCCCACACUGCAAACUGCAGCCAAACAGGUUUUACAGACUAUUCACGCGUCCUCAGGACGACUCAGUCAAAGUCCAGCCAAGAACAGCAGAAUUUGAUGAUCAGCUCUGUGGCAACUACUUUACAUCAUUUGAGGUGAUUUUAUCAAAAACAUUAAGGAAAUUAACACUUAGUCUAAAACACAGAAGGAACUUCAAAACUUUGUGGAGAAGAUGUGUUUAUCUAAAGUCUGAUGAGCAGCCGGCUCUGAAUCUCCGUCCAAACAAGAAACUGCUCAAGGUGCGGAGCCGCUUCGUUGAUGCCGUAUCAGAACCGGCGCUGAAAGGUCUGCUGGACAAACUGUUAGAGAAACGGCUGCUAACUGAUUCUGAGCAGGAGGAAAUAAACCAGCAGCAAACAACUAGAGCAGACAAAGCUCGUUUCCUGAUCGACACAAUGAGGAGGAAAGGUGACACUGCCAGUUCAGAGAUGAUCCACUGCUUCCAUGAGGUCGACCCGUUCCUGUGUCAGCACCUUGGUCUACAGCAGGACUGUUGAUUCAGGUUCAGUGUGGUGUUCUAUUAUGAAUAAAUGGGUUUAUGAGAGUUUGUAAAUCAUGUUAGUGUUUUUUAUAGUUAGCUGUUUUUAAAAACGGGACUAUUUGACAGAUCAAAGACUCCUUGUCAAGGCUUUAUGUCUUUUUAAAGGCUAUCAUAUGUUUGAAUGUGUACUCAGGUGUGCAAAACACCAUAUGUUUGAAGUUCGUCUUUGCUGAUCACACUAUGUUCUGAAGGCUCCUAACGUUCCUCCUGUCUAUUUCAUAAAAUUAUUUAUUAGGUCAUCUGCGCUACCUUUAUUUGCCACAAGGGGGAGACACCCGCCUGUUCAUAAGUGUUUGUAUUCCUUCAGUUUAAUGAGACCAGAUACUUACUGCAGCUCUGGCUGCUGUUCUACAAUCUAUAAUUAUUUUUUGUUACGGUAAUGAAUUAUCUUUUUCUCUGUUGCUGUGAUGACUAAUUAUAAUAAAAAUGUGGCGUGUACCUGAAUGUGGGCUUUUACUC